AUGGCGCGAAACACAUGCCAGAGUCUGCCAAGCCGCCAAAGCCGGAAGCGUAAAAACACAACGCAAAAAUCGGGGUGGCGACCCCGCCAACAAAUAGGGAUCGCAAACUCCUCCAGAAAACGUCAGCGCAGAUCAACAUCCUCGACCCUACAACCCCCACCUGGAAGCAUGGCGUUAAUGGCUGAUACAUGCCGGAAAUUCUGGGAAGAAGAAAUCGAACCGGAAGUCCUUGCGGCCUAUGAUGAAGCCUAUGAGCACUUCCCUCAAAGGGAUGGGCCGCACGACCGACCUCGCGUCUGGUCCUCAACCGCGGUGAGGAUAAAACUGUAUGGGGCCCCGGAGCGUUCUAGACGGUGGGGGCGACUAAGAACUGCGGUUAGGGAGAUUAUAGAUUCUUUCAUCAAAUUCUACUUGAACGCAGAAAGCAGUGCAGUUCCCCGACCCAUUCUCGGAAAAAUCAAAUUCUUUAGUAUAAAAACGAAAUACGCCAUACGAAUAUCAAAAGCCAUAUACGAAGUGGACGAAUACAAAAACCAUUUCUCAGAUGGUGCACUACACCCACAUUACCUUACUGGGUGGCUGUGGGAUAAUCGAAUAGCUACCUUGGUGGAAAAGGCGCCCCUUGAUUUCGAUCCGAGCUCAAGAUACCAAGAGCAGCACUUUCUGCCGUCGAUCAAGGAAUUAUGCCUUUUGCCGUAA